CCCCAGUCUGUGUCCCGUUCGGAUCUGUCAAAAGUGAAAAAACAAGAUGGCGAUCGUGUUUGCAAAUCAAUCUGUGAUGUUUAGUUUUUCUUAGAAAAUUGUGCUUUUUAUUUAGAUUCAUGGAAUACUUUUACGUUCUAUAGUGAGUUAAGAAGGGAUUGUGACUAUAUAGCCAAUCGACCGACCAACACUAACGCGUCAUCAAGAUGAGCUACGAAGUGUCGGAGGGGCCAGAUCUUAUCGAUCUGGACCUGGACUUGAGCAUGGGCCAGUUCAACACGACGCAGUCGAUCGAGGACAUGAAACUGGACAAGAACAUGGUGUGGCUGCUGCUGUCGUUGCUCACCUCGAUCAUCUGGGUCGUGUACAUCACGUUCUACAAUUCGCGGCUGUUCGGUUACGUUAUCACGAAGUUGGUGAAUCGGCUGUUUGUGCGAGGGGCCUACUUCAAGAUCGGCUCGCUCAAUGUGAAUCCGCUGGCCGGGAAGAUUAUGUUUCGGGAUUUCGUUUAUGUUACGUACGAUUACACGGUUCGCGUCCAGGAUGGGUACUUCAUAUUCCGGUGGUGGCGAUCGUACGUUCCGAAGGACGUGUCGGAGGAUUUGUCCCACUCGGAUACGAGGCUGUCGAUUAUGCUGAAUGGGUUCGAGCUGCAUGUUUACAACCGGUCUGAUUUGUAUGCGAAGCUGGAACGGACAUUUGGGCUGAAGCCUUCGGUUCUGAUCCCGACGGAAAACAUGAGUGCCGAGGAGAUCGCACGGUUCAAGGAGCAGGCGAUGAACUAUGAGAAUCAGCGACAAAGCAACGAGCAGCACACGAAGUUGAAGAAGCCACGGCCGGAAGCCAUGACCGCUACAACCUGGCGAGAUUUGAUACCGGUGAUCAAGAUUGACAUCUGUUCCGGAAGGUUCGUGUUCGGGAAUCGGCUUACCCCGACGACGCUGUCGAUUUGUGUGGAGGAAGCUCACUGUGUCUACAGUACUAAACCAGCAGUGUCCAAGUUGGACCACUUCAUGCACUUUGUCAAGGCAAAGGUGGAGAAUGCGAAGGUUCUGCUCGCUCCAAGUCCAAAAUACACCGGAUUGGUUGACGAACCUCCUAGGUACAUGGGUGAGGGAUUUGUAGUAAUGAUGUCCAACAACAUGGAGCUGUAUUUCUACAUGGAUGAAGCUGGCUUUGUUCCAGAAGAACCGGUGACAUUGACACUUGCUAACGGAGACGUAGUUGAAGCAUCACCUCCCGUUUGGGGAAUCGACAUCAAGUGUGGCAAAGGCACCGACUUCAGCUAUGGACCUUGGGCAGACCGUCAGAGGGACAAUCUGUUCAAGUUUUUCUUCCCUCCAGACUAUCAAGCCAUGCAGGUCACAAAGCCACCAAAACCCGGCGAUCGCCGAGAAAUGCAAUCCUUCGACGUCAAUUUGUGCACUCUCAAUGAAGCGACAAUCGACAUCCUGUUCUCGAAGAACAAGGAAACAAACGCCGUUCACGUGAACAUUGGCGCCGGAUCUUGCCUGGAGGUCACACUUCCUUGGAUAACCCUACAAGAUGGCUUUACAACUAAAGUCACCGGGCAGCUACUGCACGUCGAAGCAACGACCAGUCUUCAAUACCGCAGUCUGGCUGAAUGCGAGACGCUUCAGUUCAACGUCAAAGUUCACUAUCCAGUUCGCUGGAAUGAUCACCAGGAGUGGACUAUAAACCUGACUGGCACCAAAGCGACCGCCUACAUCGUAUACUCCCACAAAUACUUCUUCACCGAUCUGAUCGACGAUUGGGCCUCGAAAGCCCGUCCCGACAUCCUCAGUUUCGUUCCUUACACCUGGAAGUUUGGAGUCAUCCUGCAGGAGUUCGAAAUCAUCACGCUGAGCAACGAAUUCAACUGGAUCGACUGCUCGAGCACCAACCAGGAAAAUCAUCACCUCGCCUUCUGCGGCGACCUCUUCGAUCUCAGUUUCACCCUCCCCUUUGACGACUUCCUUCCCCUAAAGAUCCCCAUCGUUUUUUGGAUCCACGGCGAAGGCCUCGAUCUCAGCAUGUACCUUCCGGAGCAGUCCAGCACCAAACCCAUUCUCGUCGCUCUGGAUAAACAUGCCCGCAUCCUAACCCGCGACGGCAACGUCAAGAAGCGCACCGACCUUCUAGGCAAAAAAUGGCGCAAAGUGUGUCAGAGAUCCGCCGGAUGGAUCGACUGCUGGAGCGUUCCCAUCGUGGCGCUCUCCAUCAAGUACCUCUAUCAUCCGAUGCCACCGCUAGGGCCGGACCCGCAGGCAGACAUCACCACACCGGAGAAGGAGGAGAUUCUUCUCAGCCCGAUGCGGAUACCCAAGAUGCGAAAAUCGCCGGCCAUCACGUGGAACGACUUGGCUUUGGCCAUGGAACAGGCGGCGAGUGCGGCGGCGAUUUUGCCACAGACGCACAAUGUUUACAGGACUUGA